AUGAAUUAAUAAUAAUAACAAGGUUCGAUAUAAAAUAAUUGGGAACUAUAAUAGGAUGGUUAGGUGAAUGAAAUAGAUACAUAGAUUAAUUUGGAAGUAGCAUACACUUGGUUAACAUCAGUAUAUAAUGCCAUAAUUAGGCUUUAUUGUUAGUAGUAUUGUUUAAUUCAUUUCUUUCUCUGUUAUUGUCAUCUUUAACAUUUGGAUUAAGUUUCAGAAUUCCUCUAUUGUUCUUGAGUGUAGUACAUUUGAUUUACUUAAUAAAAGUAUGUGUAGUUCAUAAUAAAACGUAAAAAAUAUUAAGUAAAAUAAGGAGGGCUAAAACUGAUUUUGAUUGUUGUUUUGAAAUGACAUGGAGCAUAGGACUUAUAUCUUAUUAUGUAAUAAGUUAAAAUUAAAAAUAGAGUUGCUUGAUUUAUUUUGUUGAAUACCAUAGAUUUUAAAUACAAUAUUUAGGAAUGAUGUUAUGCAUUUACAAUGCAAUAUGGAUGUUUUAUAGCGGAGUCAAACUACAUAAAAAGAAAUCUGAAAAAUAAUAGUUUAAAUUGGUAUAACAAGAUUAUUAAUAUAGUUGGGUGUGUUUGCAAAGUUAUGUUUUGUAAUAUAAAUUACAUUUAUAAAUCUAAAAUUAAUCGAUUGGUUAGCUAUUCAUUGGUUAUAUGCUUUUGUAUUGAUAUGGCUUUUCUUGUUUGUAGCAAUAUUUUUAGAGUUGAUAUCAUUAUUUAAUUUGAGUGCCCAAAUAAAUAAAUAUUUUAGUAGUAACAAUGUAGGAGUGAAGGUGUAGAUGGGAACAAAAAUAAUUGGAUUAUUUUGGAUUUGUUUGUUUUUCUUAAGUUUUGCAGGAGUACCAACAUAUACAAUGAUAAAUUUGUGUAUAUACUUGGAAGAAGAGUAAGGAAGAAAAAAUUAUUUACUGGCAAUAAUUAUAAGUGUAUUUUACACAAUAAUAUAUAUGGCGUAUACAAUAUAUCAUAAGGAGUUAUUAACAUUAUUUAUAUUGAAUUUGCAUUACUUUAGUCAUAUAAAUGAAGAUAGGAAUUAGGAUAGGCAUAUUUUGAGUUUUCCAAGUUCAAGAAGCUAAAAGAAGUUUAUUUACUCACUUAAAGAGAAUAUGAAUAAUAAGAACAAUAUUUAAGAUUAUCCAUAAUAAAUGAUAAAGAUAUCAAGCACUUAUUACUUACCAGAUGAAUUAGUUAUGAAAAGACAUUAAACAGAAGUGAAUAAUAAUAUGAUUUCUAAUAAAUAAUCUACAAUUACUGAGGUAGCAGUUUAAGAAACAACAAUAAAACAAUGUUUUAAUUGUUUCUAAAGAUAAAGUUGUGUAGUAUAUAUGCCAUGUGGUCAUGGAGGAAUGUGUUAAGAAUGUGCUCUAAAAUGGUAUGAAUAAAAUAAAGAAUGUCCUAUUUGCAGAAGUGUAAUAAUGUUUAUUAUAUAUUUUCAAUUAGAACAUUAAGGCUAUACUCUAAAUAGAAUAGAUAGAUGAAUAGACAGUUAAAGUUAUUGAAAUUAUUGCUCAAAACUGAC